AUGGCUGCCAUGUACGACUACGAAGUGGUGGGCGUUCACCAGCUUACAGGCAUUGUAAAUGUUAUGAGGUUGAAAAAUAAAGGCAAUGUCGGGGCAACUACUACGAGAAAUAAACCGUCAUUAACAAAACCGCAGACAGAUAACAAGCCAAACAAAACUGAACAAUCUUCAAAUUCGGGAUUCCAGUUCUAUUCUACCGAUGUUAAUGACUCUUCUUCCACCGAUUCUGACAGCUCUAAUAUUCCUAGCGAUAAACCUAAGCCAAGUAUCGAACCAACCAACAAAGGCUUUUGGAUUACUGGAAUCGCAUUUAUUGCAGUUUCUGGGCUUGUUGCAUUCCAUGUUUUAAAAAAACAAAAUUCACGUUCUUGUCCAAACAAAACUGAACAAUCUUUAAACUCAGGAUUCCAGCAGUACUAUUCUACCGAUGUCAAUGACUCUUCUUCCACCGAUUCUGACAGCACGGAUAACAGGCCAAACAAAACUGCACAAUCUUUAAAGUCAGGAUUGCUGUACGAUGACUCGUCUUCCACCGAUUCUGACAGCUCUAUUAUUCCUAGCGAUGAACCUAAGCCAAGUAUCGAACCAACCAACAAAUGCUUUUGGAUUACUGGAAUCGCAUUUAUUGCAGUUGCUGGACUUGUUGCAUUCCAUGUUUUAAAAAAACAAAAUUCACGUUCUUGUGUAACAAAUGAUAUAGUAGGGUUGGAGAAGAUGGGACGCAGUCUAGACUUUUUUGAAACUUUCUUUUUACGAACCCCCAAUUAAUGAUAAUCAGGAAAAUAAUGUUACAGAAUUAUUCGACAAAAUUACCAAGACUUUGUAAACGCGGGUCAAAGCCGAUUAUUGUCUUUAAAGAAUAAAAAAAUAUGUAAAAUAGAAAGCUCACUUCAAUAGAUGAGCACGUAUAUACUAAAAUGUAAUCAAAGUCAAUUUUAGAAUGCCGAGGCUUCAUAUAUGAUGCUAAAACGUGCAUGAAUUUUACACACAUUAUUACUUAAACAUUUUUUGCUAAUAUAGAUAAAUAUCAUUUACCUGUUUCAUGAGCAUUAUCAGAUGAUCGCCGUUCGUGUAAAAAAAGUUCAUAUAAACAUACUUAGCGGGCACGAAGUGCAGUUGAUGUUCAAAUAAUACCGAUUAUCGUACAAACAUUAUCAAUUUUUUAUAAAAUAAUAUAUUAUAGGUCACAUAUUAAAAACUAUAGCAGUAUGACAGAAAAAGAAUGUUAAAACUUGAUUUUUAAAGGGUUUAAUAUUAUUUCGUGCUAUAUUCACAUGUUUUUCUGAUAAAACUUUUUUUUUUAUAUAAUGAUUUUAAACUGUCCCGUCUUACCCUCUGUGUUUUUCAAUCGGAAAACUGCACCUGUUAUGCGAAUCGCUAAAAAACUCUCCGUGUGUUUUAAUAUAUAUUUUUUGAAUUACUAUUAAUUAAAAUAUAAAUGACAGUCCUUAUUUGUGGUAUCACUCAAAAAGACGUAACAUGUUUGGAUUUUAAAAAUAUUGGGCAUUUUGUGCUUUAGAGCCCGAUUUUUCCCCACUCUAUACAAUACAUUAUGAUAUGAUUUAAGUCUAAAGCCUACAGUGUGAUAAUUGAGAGAUGCGGAAAAAAUUGUGACAAAAGACAAACAAGACAUUUGACUAAAAAUGUAUAUAAGGUUGGGGUAAGAUGGGACACCUGUAGCACUUAAUAUAUAAAUAUCCUGAUCGUGUUUUAAACAUUUAACAACGGUCUAUGGGAGUCGUGAAGAAGCGUUUUUGGAAUUCUUCUGGUUAUUACCAAAUGAGACGAAAAAAUGGAAUAAAAAUGUGUCCCAUCUUCCCCCACCCUACUAUAUAGUCAUUUUGGUUUGAUUUUAGCCAAGAUAUGUAAAACUGUACAUAUGAGUGCCGAAAAUUAAGAUGCCGUAUAUAUAAUAGCAAAGGAAAACAACAAGAACAAUUGUUGUGUGAACUAUAACAUCAGGCGUUCAAAUCCUGCAAUUCUUCAACCUCAACAUUUAUUUCUUUAACAUGUUUUUCCUCGAUGCCCCAUUUAAUGCC